AUGAUGUCUCUGGAAGAGAGUGUGUCGCCUGCCGGGGCGGCCGGGGACCUGGCGGCACUGGCGGAGCUGGACGAGGCGGCUCUGCUGGGCGGGCUGCGGGAGCGGUUCCUGCGGCAGCAGAUCUACACCGAUGUCGGCGACAUCCUCAUCGCCAUGAACCCCUUCCAGCCCCUGCCGCUGUACGGGAAAGAGGUCUCCGAGCGGUACCGGCACCACGAGAGGGGCAUGCAGCCACCCCACAUCUUCGCCGUGGCCAGCCGGGCCUACCAUGCCAUGCUGGGCUACCAGAGUAGCGACCCCAAGAGCCAAUGUAUCGUCAUCAGUGGAGAGAGUGGUGCAGGGAAAACAGAGAGUACAAAGCUAUUGUUGCAGCACAUAAUGAACCUAUGCAAAGGCAACUUGCAGCUGGAGCAGCAGAUCCUUCAGGUAAAUCCCUUGCUUGAAGCUUUUGGCAAUGCCCAGACUGUGAUGAAUGACAACAGCAGCCGUUUUGGAAAGUACAUACAACUGCGUUUCCAUAAGAAUACAGUACGAGGUGCAAAGCUAAGUGAGUAUUUGUUGGAGAAGUCACGGGUCGUGCAACAAGAUACCGGGGAGAGGAAUUUCCACAUCUUCUACUACAUGUUUGCUGGACUCUCUACAGUGGAAAAGGAGAUGUAUGGGCUGUUGGAUCCUUCACUCUACAGGUACAUAAGUGGACGAUUUGGUACACAGGAUGUAGUUCAGCACUGGAAGCACAAAUACCAAGAGGUGUGCAAUGCCCUUGACAUGGUGGGAUUCCAAGAACAGGAGCAAGUGGACAUGCAGGCUAUCUUGGCUGGUGUGUUGUCUCUGGGCAAUGUGACCUUUGAGCCUGAGGAGAGAGAUGGAUCUGUAAAAGUGAGUGAAGCCUCCCGGGGAUGGCUGAAGGCUGCAGCGGGUCAGUUUGGAGUCCAAGAAGAUGAACUGUUAAAAUGCCUGAUUUGCACAGUGUCUGUGACCCGAGGCGAGCAGAUUCAGCGUUUUCACACCCAGCAGCAAGCAGAAGAUGCUCGGGACUCUAUUGCAAAGGUGGCAUACAGCCGAGUGUUUGGCUGGAUUGUCUGCAAGAUCAAUGAGCUCCUGGCUGAGAAUGUGGAUCCUGAGGUGGAACUGAGGGAGAUAGGUAUCUUGGAUAUUUUUGGGUUUGAAAACUUUGCAGUUAAUCGUUUCGAACAGCUUUGCAUAAACCUGGCCAAUGAGCAGCUGCAGCACUUCUUCAACCAUCACAUUUUCCAGAUGGAGCAGUCUUCCUAUAAGGAAGAAGAGUUGCCUUGGGAGACUAUCACAUUCAACAAUAAUGAACCUGUUUUGAAUCUACUCCUGGCCAAGCCACUUGGGCUCCUGUCUCUUCUGGAUGAGCAGAGUGCAUUCCCUCAGGCAACUGAUAAGACACUUGUGGAUAAAUUAAACAGCAGCUUCAAAGGGAAUUUACACUUCGAGCCAGGCCGAGGCCAUGUUUUGGGCUUCAGCAUCAUUCACUAUGCUGGAAAAGUACAAUAUAUGGCUGGGGGCUUUCUAGAGAAGAACAGAGACACCUUGCCAGCAAACAUCCGUGGGCUUUUCAUCAACAGCAUCACUCCCCUGCUCAGUGUUCUGUUCACAGCUACUGUCUCCAGGACAGGGACACUGAUGCCUCAUGUGAAAGCCAAGUUUCAGGGCAUACCAGGAACAGACAACAAGUUCAACAGCACACGAAAACAAUCUGCUGGAGCUCAGUUCCGGCAUUCCCUGAUGGUGCUCAUGGAGAGGAUGUAUUCUGCCAACCCACACUUUGUGCGCUGUAUAAAGCCCAACAGCCAGAAGGAGCCAGGUGUGGUGGACAGCCAAGUGGUGCUGCUGCAGCUUCGAUACAAUGGACUGCUGGAGACAAUCCGAAUCCGAAGAGAUGGUUACUCCUGGAGACCUUCAUUUGAGGAAUUUUCUGAAAGAUACAGAAUUCUUCUACGUAAACCAGAUAUUUCCCUCACAAAAGAAAGCUGCCUGGAGAUACUGAAAACUACAAAGCUGACAGGCUGGAUAUGUGGGAAGUCACGACUUUUUUUUAAAUAUUGGCACCAGGAACAGCUGGCAAAGUAUGUGGAGCAACUAGAAAAAGCAGCAGUUGUCAUACAGAAAGUUUUCAGGGGGUUCAGACACAGGAAGAUUUACCUAAAACUGGUGGCUGAGCUGAGAGCUCAGGAAGAGGCAGAGAGAGAAAGAAGCCGGCAGCUGGCAGUGGAAGCAGAGGCUCAGAAAAAAAUCUCCCGUCCAGUCCCCAUGCCACGGAAGAGAUGGCCUCAGCCUUCUCAUCAUCCUGCUGAUAAGCCACCCCAGCCACCAGUGCCGCGGCCACGCAGCAAACUAAAAGAGUCCACUCCUUUUGAUAACUUGGACCCUUCGGCACCUCGCCCUGUUCUGGGGACAAAAGAACUGGCUGAAGAAGAGACAAAAAUGAGGAAAUUCAAAAGAGGAGCAACUCUCCGCUGGUUCAAAGAGACACAGGCUGAGAAGGUCUUGCAGAAUGAUGGGGCCUAUCCAAGCUGGCUGCACGGGAUGAUCAGCAGGAGAGAAGCUGAGAACUUGCUGAUUGACAAGCCUUUGGGUUGCUUCCUUGUUCGGAUCAGCCAGAGCCGACCAGGCUACAUCUUGACUUACAGGGGCGAAGGCCGCUGCAGGCACUACAUGGUCCAGGUGCAGCCCAAUGCACGCUAUGUCAUCCUGGGGGAAGACAGGGCUCAUGCCUCUCUCACUGAACUGGUUCAGUAUCACCAGACUGUGGGCAUCCAGCCCUUCAUGGAGAUUCUGACUCUUCCCUGUGAGCAGAAAAGCAGUGAGAGUUUGGAUUCUGAAAAUCUGGAGUGCUUCAGUCAAGCCAAGGGGGUUACCCCUCCAGAGAAGCUGCCCUGCUCCUCCAGCCCUUCUACCAACAAACCUCCUCUGCAGUUUAGAAGGAACAAGAAUUGCCAAAACCAGCAAAUCUUGGAUGACAUUAGUAAACAGCUAAGCUCAGGCAAGGAGAGAGGCAGCCAACAAGCCUUCCCUCGCCUCCACUCUUCCAUACGUCUGGCAAUGCAGGAAAUACAGCAGUUCUCUUCUACUUUCUUGAACACCUCUCUACAGAAUCGCUGUCAAGCUCACAGCAUUAAGGAUGUAGAGUCCAAGUGACAUGGUCUAAGUGGCUCAUCCCUAUCCUCUUCCAGUACUGCUGGGCCUUGCCUAACUGAGUGAACAUACAGGACAGUCAGCAGCAUCAUUUCUUUUGUCUUUUUGUUUGUGCAUCUGCACUAAUCUGGCCCUGUGCCUUGAGACAGGACUGCUGCAGAAAUGAACUUUCAUCAGCACUCAGCUGGUCUCAAUGAGUGAAACUGCUUUAAGCACCCUGGUCUAGUAGGUGUCCCUGCCCAUGCAGGGUGGGUCCCUUCCAAGCCAAAGCAUUCUAUGAUUCUAAGGUCUGGGCCAGUCUUGUCCUCACAGAGGGGAGAGGAUGGGAACUGUCACCCUGCACAGGCCCAGAGUGCAAAACAGUCUACGUGUCAAUACUUCAAUGUGCCUGAAGAUCCCUCACAAUGCACUGUUAACAGUUACAAACAGGAUGUGUUGAAACAACAUGUUUUCUCACCAAUACCUUUACUAAUUUUCUACCUCUUUCUCAUCAAGUCAUCUGUCUUGGUUUUAGUCCUGUGUAUUUGCUGCUCUGGAAACAAAGGGAAGCUGGGCUUGGACUUGGGAAGUAAGGAGUUACACUCGUGUGUCAUUUUUUUUGAGUGCAGGAACACUUGAACAGGAGCUGAGACAAGGGGCAAGAAGAAUUUUCUGCAGAGGGGAUUUCCUGCCUGUGGCAUCAGUGUGCUGGCACACUGCUCCCCAGUCCUU